GGUAAUCAAAUUUCAGUGGUUCCCCGAUAUUCAUUAUAGAUGCCGAUACACAGUGAGUAUACCAAACUAGCAGAGAGAGGAAUAAGUAUAAAAGCAAUAUUAUGAGCCUUGUAGAGACAUCAUUUUCUUGUAAACUUUCGUCUAGAUAGCAACUAAGAACUCGAGAAAAAUGAGAAGCUUAGCAAUAACAGCGGCUUUAGCUGCUAUGCUUGUUAUCGUAGUUAAUGGAGAAACGUUCCAAUUACAUUCGGUAAACCCGCACGCCGUUAUCGUGAAAGAGACUGAAAUUCAUCAUCAAAAUCUUCAAGUACCCGAACUUCAAGAAUAUCAAAAACAAUUUGACGUGCGUAAACGACGUGAAGCUGAUCCUGAGCCUCAAAGACCAAGACCACAAGUUCCACUUCCGAGACCUGUACCUUUUCGACCUAGACCCCAACAAGUUCCUCCGCGUCCACCACACCCGAGACUUCGUCGGGAAGCUAAUCCUGAGUCUCAAAAACCAAGACCCCCACAAAUUACUCCGCGUCCGCCACACCCGAGACUUCGUCGGGAAGCUAAUCCUGAGUCUCAAAAACCAAGACCCCAACAAGUUCCUCCGCGUCCGCCACAUCCGAGACUUCGUCGUGAAGCUGAUCCUGAACCUCAAAGGCCAAGACCACUAGUCCCACAACCGAGACCUGUACCUUCUCGACCAAGACCCCAACAAGUUCCUCCGCGUCCGGCACACCCGAGACUUCGUCGUGAAGCUGAUCCUGAACCUCAAAGGCCAAGACCAUUAGUCCCACAACCGAGACCUGUACCUUCUCGACCAAGACCCCAACAAGUUCCUCCGCGUCCGGCACACCCGAGACUUCGUCGUGAAGCUGAUCCUGAACCUCAAAGGCCAAGACCACUAGUUCCACAACCGAGACCUGUACCUUCUCGACCAAGACCCCAACAAGUUCCUCCGCGUCCGGCACACCCGAGACUUCGUCGUGAAGCUGAUCCUGAACCUCAAAGGCCAAGACCACUAGUCCCACAACCGAGACCUGUACCUUCUCGACCAAGACCCCAACAAGUUCCUCCGCGUCCGGCACACCCGAGACUUCGUCGUGAAGCUGUUACUGAGUCUUAAAGACUAAAAAUUUAACAAGUUACACUACGUCCUUUACACUUGGUAAUAAUAUUAUCGUUAAUUAGAACAAUCUUUAAUAAAAAUUAUCACAUAUUCUUCCGUA